GUCAGGUGUAGCACACCAGUUGAAGGGUAACUCCGGUCCAGUUCAGGUCCUGUCCUCCUCUUCUCUGGGGUCGUCAGCCCCGAUGCUCCAGCCCUUCCACAGCCCUCCCUCUCCGACCCCACCAGACACCACCAGCCCAGGGACGUCCCAUCUGCCGACAGGCACCCUCUCUUAGGCUACAACUGCAGACUUACACCCUCCCUGUGUGGAUCUCUCCUCCUCCAGCUUCCCCCCUGGCUUUUAGGUAGGAGCCUUUUCCCCACCACCACAACCACAACCACCAAAACCCUACUGCCAUGGCGGACAAGCUGGGCUCGGUGGAGGACCCCGCUAGCAUCCUAGCGCUGCUGGAGCGCGUGGCGGGCAUCAUCGACAACGUGCAGGCGUGUCAGAGCCGCAUGGAGGAGCGUCAGCUGGAGCUGGAGAGCAGCGUGAAGAGCAUCCAGGCCGACGUGGUGAAGCUCAGCUCCGACCACGCCGUCACCUCCGGCUCCGUGGGGAAACUCCUGGAGAAGACCCGCAAGGUCAGCUGCAACGUCAAGGAUGUGCGGGUCCGGGUGGAGAACCAGAACCUCCGUGUGAAGAAGGUGGAGGCCACACAGGCUGAACUGCUGGCCAAGAACAAGUUCAGGGUGGUUAUCUACCAGGGUGAAAACGAGGUACCAGCCGUGGGGACUCCACCUAAGGAACCCAAAGAAGAAGCAGCGGCUGCAGCAGCGGCCGAAAUAGAACCGGACAAGUUUGAGCUUCCGUCCGAGUCGGACGAGGAGUACAUGGUGGUGGAGGAGAAGGAGUCUUCCACCGCACAGGUCAAGAAGGUGGGGUUGAGUCGCAUCGAGAGCUUCAAGGCCACGUUCUCCCGCCAGAACAUGGCCAAGACCAGGGAGAACCUGGGCACCAAGGUCAACAAGCUGGGCGAGCGCAUCGUCACCACGGAACGCCGAGAGAAGAUCCGGCAGUCCGGAGAGCGGCUGAAGCAGUCCGGCGAGAGACUCAAGGAGUCCAUCGCUAAGAAUGUCAACCUGAAGAAAGAGAGGACAGUGGCCGAGGGCCAGGAGGGGGCAGAGGGAGCAGCGGAGGGGGCCGCCCCCGUACCCCCCCCGAAGGGCCGCAAAGGCAGCCCAGAGAAGGCCUACACUGAGGUGGCCACAGAGGCAGCAGAUGAGGCCAAGGAGGGGGAGACGGAGGUCCCCAUGUACGACAUGAAGCAGCUGUCAUAGAGGAACUACAACCCUGUUAACCAAUGGAGAGAAACUACAUGCAACAUGGUGACAUGUCUGCCCAUCUUAGACUAACUUGGACUGGCUGCGACAAUGUAGAGACGAGGGGGGCGUCUCAAAUCAACCCCUAAAGCCUUUCCUUCUAUGCACUGGAGCGAGUUCUGCUGCUCCUAGAGGAUUCCACAGGUAGUGAAGAGAUUACUAACGUUAGUAAACGCAAGUGCAUAAGGGGGUGGGGUUUAGGGAUGGAUUAGAGACUGGGAGGAGGGGAUUUAGGUUUCUGAGUGAAGGCGUGGAACAGGAAAUGACAUAGGAGGAAACGGGACAGACAGAGAGCCAAUAAGAUUAGUUUGUUGAAUUGAAACACUUCUGUAAUAUCACAGCGUCAACUUUGUGUUUUUGUUGUUGUUGUGUUUUUGUUGUUGUUUACAUCAAAACGGACUCAUAAGAAAGGCAAAACAAAACAAUACAAAUAAAAUGACAGGAAUCCCAGUGAGUGUGUGGGACUGUCAGUUUUCUACCAUGUUCAGCAUCAUUUUGUCUGUGUUUAGUUUCUUCUGGUGCUUGUGUAGGGUGUGAGAUGUCUGUGAACGUCAAGGGUAUGUGAACUGGUCUGGGUGUUAGUUACUGUUACCAGGGGAGCUCUGUGAUGUCAUCAACUUUACUGAUGCAACAAUGAAGGAUGUGACUGGAUGUAAAAAAUAAACUAAAUUCAAUGGUUGAAUUUAACUUAUUUAGGGUGUACAAAAGAGAGAUCAGAUGAAGAAUAAAAGAAACCUUAAACGUUUAUAUAGAAUUAUUUAAAGACAAUAAACUGAUUUGCUGUAUAAAGAGCCAGUAGAAGAGUUUGAUAUAACUUUAUUGUUCUCAGUCCAGCCUAGUGCUUCAGAGUUGUGUGGUCCGUUAGAGUGAUUAUGCAUGAUAGCAGCUUCUAAUCAACUAAACCAUUAUUAGUAUGAGAGUGAAAGUAGAGGGUUUAUGUUACUGUUUGUAGAGUGAACUGAACUGACCUCUGCUGCUUCUAGGGGCAAAGUUGAGUAUUGCAUGAUGUGUAUUUACUUCACAAAUAUACUGUUUCUAUAAUGAACACUAUUGUUGAUUAAAAAGAUCUACCAAAAAGA